GGCCGCCUGGAAACGGUUUGCAAGGGGUUGUUAAAGAAGAUUAAGCCGAAACAAAAUAUCGUUUUUAGCGACUUUAAGUUUACCUCUCAAGGCUCCAGUUUUGUUUAGUGGGUAAAUAACGCUUCAUUUCAAGCCAUGGUGAGAAAAUAGCUAUUAGGUCUGCAGAGACGUGUUCGAAAACAUUUUAAGCUUUCUCUGUCGCUUGUUUGGGUACAGGAAUUAGCUAACGUUAGAUAGCUAGCACUAGCCUAGGAGACGAGCUAGCCUAGCUCGCUAACGUUAGCAUCCAGUGGUCUGAUUACCAACUCAGAUGUUUGCAGUAUUUCUCGGAUGUCUACUGACGGCAGACUGCUGAGCCGGAGGGCCUCAAAUGGGAAAAACAAGCAUCGGACAGGAAUAUCAGGGAUAAACUUGUCGAUGUAACUCAGAUUUUGCUGAACUGAAACCAGGAUUCUUUGGACAUUUCUACAGCAGGCCGUUUUGGCAGGAUUUUAACCUCACCCAUCCGCAGACAGCCAUGGAAUCGUCUCAAUGUGCCCCUUGUCAUCCGGACGCCCAGGCAGGCGAGGACCCCACUCCCCUGCUGUUAAACUGACGGUUGAUGACGAUGCAAUAGAAGCGUGAAUGAGGUUUGGCGUGGCGAUAGCUGAACGAUGCCCAAGGGUGGGGGUUCUAAAACCCCCCAACUGGAAGACUUCCCUCUUAACACUGACAUGGUGGAGAAGCAGAGUGGGAAGAAGGAUAAAGAUAAAGUAUUGUCAAACAAGACUCCGAAAUUGGACCGCAGCGAUGGUGUCAAAGAGAUGAAAGAGAAGGCGCCCAAGAGGAAGCUUCCCUUCACGGUUGGAGCCAAUGGAGACCAGAAAGAUUCAGACUCAGAAAAGCAAGGUCCGGAGCGGAAGCGCAUUAAAAAGGAGCCCACUAACACCAGGAAGUCAGGCCUGGCAUUUGGGGUGGGCAUGCCAGGGAUCCGAGCCGGUUACCCCCUCUCCGAGCGGCAGCAGGUGGCUCUCCUCAUGCAGAUGACGGCUGAAGAGUCAGUCAACAGUCCAGACACAACACCAAAGCAUCAGUCACAGUCAAGUCUGGGUCAGAAGGGAACGCCAAACUCUGCAUCUAAAACCAAAGACAAAGUAAACAAGAGAAACGAGAGGGGCGAGACCCGGCUGCACCGCGCGGCCAUCCGUGGAGAAGCGCGCCGCAUCAAGGAGCUCAUCAGUGAGGGAGCUGAUGUGAAUGUAAAAGACUUUGCAGGCUGGACUGCAUUGCAUGAGGCAUGUAACCGAGGCUACUACGAUGUGGCCAAGCAGCUGCUGGCAGCCGGUGCAGAGGUCAACACCAAGGGCCUGGAUGAUGACACACCUCUACACGACGCAUCCAACAACGGCCACUUCAAGGUGGUCAAGUUGCUUUUACGGUAUGGAGGGGACCCUCGACAAAGCAACAGAAGGGGUGAAACAGCGUUGAAGGUUGCAAACUCCCCCACGAUGCUCAAUCUUUUGCUAGGAAAAGGCACUUAUACCUCUAGUGAGGAGAGCUCAUCAGAAUCCUCGGAGGAAGAAGAUGCCCCCUCGUUUGCCCCGUCCAGUUCUGUUGAUGGCAAUAACACAGACUCAGAGUUUGAGAAGGGCUUGAAGCUGAAAGGGAAGAAGGGGCUUGAUCAGCCCCUAUCCACAACAACCACACCCGUCAAGGACGAAUAUGAGUUUGACGAGGAUGAUGAGGAAGAGCGCGUCCCUCCGGUGGACGACAAGCACUUGCUCAAGAAGGAGUUCCGCAAGGAUCCUCCCAGUGCCACUAAGGCUAGUGGAUUAAUUCCAACACCGAAAGGGGAGGUGGUCAAAACCUAUUCCAAAAGCAACUCGCUCACACCAAAGAAGACUGUUCGUCGGAUUCUCUCUGACAGCAAUAGUUCAGAUGAGGAUGAUAGAACGUUGUGUUUCACACCUACGCCCACACCACGGCAACCGGCGCAACCAACCAAGACCCGGGAAUCUGCUACUCUGAGCUCUAAGCAGCAGAAAGAGAAAACUAAAGUUAAGAAGAAGAGGAAGAAGGAGACAAAAAAUAAUGUCAGCAAGGAGGUCAGAUUUGGAAAAGUCAAUGACAAAUUCUGCACUUCAGACUCUGAUUGUGGGGACAUUGGUAGCGAGGAUGAUAAAGGCUCUAUGAAGAGCUCGAACUGUAUAAAGGACUCAACCAUGAGCUUAAAAGAAUCCUCUGCAUUCAGUACUCACUCUGCAUCCUCUUCCUCCUCGUCUCAUGGGAGCAUGAGUUCUCAGAAACUUACAUCCUCACUGUUGGAGCAUAAUCCAAAACAGUGGAGGACAGACGGCUGGAAGACCGUUUCAUCACCUGUAUGGUCAGAUGUUAGUUCCCUUUCUGACUCUGUUAGAACAAGGCUUUCUAGUGAGUCAGACUACUCUUCUGCUGAUUCAAGUGUUGAGUCGGUAAAACAAGUGAAAAAGAAGGUACAGGAUAACAGGAAGAAAAACAAUGUGCAUACCAAUGCACUAGACAAAAAGAACUCUGACUUUCACAAGAACUCUAAUACAGACAGUACGGUCUCCAAAACGGAUAAAGAUGGCAAGGUUUUGAAAAAGCAUAAAGUAAAACACAAGCACAAAAACAAAGAGAAAGAGAAAGAAAAGGCUCCCAGUUUAGUGCUCAAUCAAGACAUGAAUGAGAAAUUUGUCAAAAGCUUCUCAUUUGAUUUUGAUGAUUCAAGGCAAAAGUCACUCAUUGUUGACACGGAGUCCCUUAGUGAAAGCAAGGUCAAGCUGUCGAAACAUGAAAAAGAGCAUUCGAAAAAGGAUGACAGGUUAUCAAAGGCCAAAUCUGAGGACAGAGACUGGUCUUCUGCAAAAGAAGUGCAAAGAACGGCUAAGGAGGAGAAGUCCAAGAAAACAAAAGAGUCCACUAAAGAGAAACCUAAUAAGGAGGAUAGGGAGAAGCCCUUGAAAAUGGAAAAAGAAAGGAGCCUCAAGGAAAAGGAAAAGCCCAAGGAGGAGAAACAACAGAAGACUCAUAAAGAGGAGAAGAAGAAAAAGACUAAGGACAAGUCUAAACCAGAUAGGAAGGGCAGUGAGCAAAAAGAAGAAAAACAUAUUAAGGUUGAUAAAGAGAAAAAUACCAGGGAGGAUAAGGAAAAAUCGAAGAAAGAAAAGGUUCAGAAGGAUGAGCCUGAUUAUGAUGGCUAUGAUGUUAAUAACCGUUUUUUAAACCUGGAAGACACAAAGCUUAGUGCCUCAGAUGACCACCAUGACCGAUGGGCUUCGGACCUUUCUUCUGACUCUGACCUCUAUGGAGAUGACAGCUGGGAUGCUCCUCCUGUGAAGGAGUACAAAGAAUAUAAAGCAAACAAUACUGUAAAGUUAAUUGUUGAGACAGAAAAGAUAGAGAGCAGAGACCGGAGGAGGGAAAACAAAGUCAAAGACAAGAAAUUAGAUUAUAAUGACAAACGAUCAGAGAAAGAACCUACCUCCAAGAAGAAAGAAAAAGAUACUACAGAGAAAAUCUGUGACAAGAAAAAGGAUUUGAUUGAAAAACAGAAAUUGAACUCCAGCCACUCUGUAGAAAAGGAGAAGAAGCGAAAGGAGUCUGCAGAUAAUCUUAAAGAGAAGAAAGAGAAGGACUCCACAGACAGUGGUAGAGACAGGAAAGAUUCCUACGAGUUCACUAAAGAAAGAAAGGACUUGAAAAUCAAACAGGAGUCCAUAAGAGAAGAUUAUGGGAGUGAAGCCUUCUUCAAAGAAAUUGAAACUGUCAGCAAACCAUCUGAAAUUAGAGAGAGGAACCACUCUGGAAAAGAGAAAGAUAGGAAGGUAGAUGUUGUGGAAAAGAGAGAGAAGACCAAAACUGAAAAACACAAGGAAAAGCCUAAAGACCGGUCCAUAGAACAGGAUAAGGAGAAGACUGAGAAGAUCUCAGCUGAGAAAACUUUGAAGGAAAAAGACACAGAUAGAGGCACUAAAGACAAGAAGGAGGGGGCUAAAGACAAACAUAAAGACACACACAGCAAAGAAAAAGAAAGGAAACUUUCUUCAGAACAAACUAAGGACAAGAAAGAAAAGGCUUCACAGGACAAACAUGCUGACAGGGAUAAAGAUGUCUUUGAGGUAAAGAAAGAGGAGCGAAAACCGGACAAGGUCAAACCUGAGAAAACAUGGUACAAGAUUGCAGACAUAUUCACAGAUGAAAGUGAGGAUGAAGAAGACAACUAUAACGGGGGUGUGGCCAAGUUAAGUGAUUCCCUUGGGUUGUCAGAUUCUCACCGGAAAGACUCAACACCUGACAUGGAUGAGCUUGAUCACUUUCUGACAGAAAAACCCAGGAAAUACCCUGCUGAAGCCAAACACACAAUAGAGAAACAGAAAGAAAAAGACCACAAGAAGAAAGACAAAACCACAUUUGAUAUGGGGAAAGAGAGGAAGGGCUCCUUAGAGAAACACAACAAAGAUAAGAGAGAGAAGGAUUCUGUGGAUCUGAAACACAAGGAACGGAAAGACCGAAUGUCUGUGGACUCAAACCAAGAGAAGAAAAACAAGCAGAAGCUGUUGGACAAGAGAGAACCUAGUGAUGAAAAGGCCAAGGCUAAAUAUAAAGAUAAAGAACAUGUUAAGGACAGAAAGCUUUCAAAAGGGAGUGGGGAAAAUGAAAAAUCCCUCUUAGAGAAGCUGGAAGAAGAGGCCAUGAAUGAAUACAAGGAUGACUCCAAUGACAAGAACAGUGAGUUAUCCUCAGACAGCUUCACUGAUCGGGGUCAUGAGCCUGUGCUUAGCAGCUAUGAUUCCUCCAACAUCAGCCUGCCAGACAUUACUGAGGAGAGACGAGACUCGCUCUCCAUAUCUAACCCACAAGACAAGUUUAGAGAGAAAGAGCGGCAUCGGCAUUCAUCUUCAUCAUCUUCCAAAAAGAGUCAUGACAAGGAGAAGGAGAAAGUGAAGAAGGAGAAGGGGGACAAACGAGAUAAGACUGAGGAAAUUAGAGAGUCCUAUGGACGCAGAGAAAGUCUGCCCUUCGAGAAGGAGCCCAUGCCAUUAGAAGCUGACCCUUACACAUUUCCAUUCGGGUCUAAGGGUGACGAAGAUGAUUUUGAUAAGACAUUGGAAUUUGAGAAGGAGAUGUCUAAAAAAGCUGACAAAGACAAAGUGAGUACAGUAAUCAGUGAUAAGAUUAAGGACAAAAAGAAAAAAGAGAAACAUAAAGUAAAAGAGGAAAAACCCAAGUACACAGAUGGCUUUGGAACACUAAAACACUCCAAGGAAGAUAUCAAGUCUGGAUUGAAAGAGAGUCCUCAAAUGACAAAUUUGAAAGACAGAUCAAAAGAGGAUAGUCCCAAAUUUGAUAUGAAAAAAGAAAGAAACCGAGACAUUUUGGACAAAGACAAUAGGACAGACCAUGUUAAGUCCAAGGGUAAAGAAGAAAAUGAAAAAGUAAUUCAAACUAAAGACACAAUUCGAAAAGACAAUCGUCCACGUGCAAAGCUUCUGGUUGAUGGAGAUCUCAGACUAACUAGCUUUGGUCAAAUGUUAGGUUUAAAAGACCAAGAGAUUGAAGAACGUCACAAGAAACAUAAGGAGAGGAUGAAGCAGAUGGAGAAACUAAGACACAGAUCUGGAGAUCCUAAACUUAGGGAUAAAACCAAGUCCACUGAAGAUAUGAAGAAAAAUCGCAAUGACCUAUCAUCUAAAAAAUCUAAUAGUUUAGAAUCUGCAUUGAAAGAGAAGAAGCUCAAAGAUGUUGGUCUCCCAGCCCAAAUUAUGUCUCCGGAAAGGAAGUCACAACCCAUUGACACUCCAAAUUCUAAAGAUUGGCUUGCAGGCCAUCAGAUGAAAGAGAACCUCCCUGCCUCACCAAGGCCGGAUCAGAAUAGGCCAACAGGUGUUCCCACCCCCACAUCUGUCAUCUCUUGUCCCAGCUAUGAAGAAGUCAUGCAGACGCCACGGACUCCAUCCUGCAGUGCAGAGGAUUACCCUGAUAUAAUGUUUGAUGGGUUAGAUUGUCAGAACUCUUCCGCCAUGACCAUGUCUAUGAAUGCCUGCUCACCAUCCUUCUUUGACAGGUACUCCAACUCAUCACACACCUUCCAAGAGGGUACUUGUUUAACUCCAGCUAAGAAUCUCCAGCUGCCCCUUGUCAGCCGAUCAUCUGCAUCUGAUGUUCGAAGACCCCUGGAAGAUGAGUUCAAAGCUGAAGCUGGCAAAUCUGUACGACACCAAAGUUUGCCAGAAGCUUCUGAGUUUGACUUGGCAGCCUCUCAGCCUCCAGAAGACAAGGCUGGAUCAGUGGAGAGACUUGACUGCCUGUCUCCUCCUUACUUCUCACCUAUUAGAAUGAUGUCUCCCAGGCUUGAACCGGCCCAUACUGCACCAGAUGGCGCAACCACAGCUAUGGCUGGCACAGAGACCAGUGAACACCUUCCAGAGAGUGUGUUCGAUAACUUCCUGAUGAAGCCCUCAACGCCCGUCCACAGACCUGACCCACAGGAGCCGUGUCUGGACAUUGCUGCUCCUCCAACCCCUGCACCCGCAGCUCUUCCACCCCUGGAUAUUGAUGACCUUUCUGAGUCUCAUCAAAGUGAGCCAAGUCUUGUUCCCUCUGACCCAGUCAGUGGCAGUGAGUAUCUGCCUCCUGUUGUUGAGGAAGAUGAUGAGGAGGAGGAGGACGAUGACGAUGAGGAAGAUGAUGACGACGAAGAGGAGGAAGAGGAGGAGGAGGAAGAAGAAGAGGAGGAGGAGGAGGAUGACGAUGACGACGACGGCGGCGAUGUUGAGGAGCCAAUAGAUCUUGAUACUCACGUUGCUGAGGAGACUGAGCCGACAAGGGAUGUCUGCUCAUUCUCUCCAAGGAUCGAAGAGCCUUUGAGGAAGAGCUGGGUUGAAUCUCCAGACAGGAGUGUUGCAGAUGUGCAUCAGCUGACUCCCCCACAUCCUCCCCCCAAUCUGGUGGAAAACUCCAGUGAUCAUACCAUAAGCUGGAACUCAGAGAUGCUAUUGAAAUCUCCUCAAAGGACCUAUGGGGAAAUAGAGGCAGCUGUCUCCAAGAUAACCAGCCCCUUCUCUCAUUCAGACAGUGAUUUGCAGCACAUUACUGCCAUACCUGGCCAUCCAUCAGUAACCCCUCCAUAUGCCGCUUACAGGCCAUAUGAACCUGACACUGAUUAUGAUGAGCAGAAAGAGGCUGUGCAGGACAUUCCAAUUUCUCCAGCAAGACCUGAGAUGACACCCAUGGAAUUGGAAACAAACUACUUGACAACCACCUCAUCCUCCGCAAGAUUAGAAUCAUUCUUCACAGACUGCAAGCCAAACUUGGAGGAUAACCACCAGAUGGACUCAGAGCCUCCUUGUGCUGUUCAAGACAACCGACAGGACUCCCAUGGCUUUACGGCUGAGAGCCAUAUGCCUCCAACAGUAAGCCAUGAGCCAGUGGUGCCCUGGGCAGACCCUUUCACAGCUACAGUAGACGAACUGGAUCUUGGCCCUUUCUCCAUACCCGACCUCCCUUCACUCUCCCUCCCGACCUCCAUUCCAGACAAGGAAAUGACAGUGCCAGAUGUCAGAGAUACAGAGCCAAAUGGCCAUAAGCAUCCACCACAAUUAAGACCUCCUGCUAUGGAAACAAUAGAGGACGAAGAGCUUAUGGAGGUUGAUCUGCCUAUCCUGACCAAGCCCCUAUGUCCUCCGGUGGUCCUGCCACACAAUGAUUCUUUGCAGGAUUUGGUUGUGCCCUCACCAAAACACACUGUCCAGCCGGAGUUUGAGCCAGAACCUCAGAAUGUCCCUGAAAUUAACUUUGUAAAACCACAGGUCUUUGAAAACAGAGCCACAUAUGAGGAUACUGAUGAAAGUGAUGGAAACAUGAUGUUCUCAGCUGAUACAGGCAGUACUCAGCAUCACAGGCAGGUGUCACUAACAGAGUCUUUUUCCGUUGCAAUCACUCCAUGUCUGGACUCCUUAACAACUGUUAAACCGGAACAAAGUGUCCAGAUAUCGGAUCCCUUUGCUGGGCCAACUUGCAGUCCACUCCCUUCAGUCCCUCUGCCAGUUGCUGUUACAAUAUCUGGCACAGUCCACGUGUCGGAGGCUCUUGAGACAACGUCUAAGCUCACAGUCACCCUGACAACAUUGCCAACUGACCUUCCCAAGAAGGUGGAGGAGAUACCACAGAGAAUGACCAGAAACAGGGCCCAGAUGCUGGCGAAACAGGAGAACACCGCCAUUCCCACCACCAUAAAGAAGCAAAGUGGUAGAAUAGUAGCGGAGAGUACAGCCACCGCCACACCUCCUGUCUGUGCGAUGCACUCGCCUGCUCCUACUCCGGUCACCACAGGCGUAGCCGUAACCACAACCACCACCACGGUCCACGCCCCUACCUUUGUCCCUGUUGUUGUUCUUGAGAAAGAAAAGGAGCAUGUCACCACGAUCACCUCACCGGCCAUCACCCCAGCUCACCUGCCUCCGCCGCCGGUAGCGGUCAGCAAAACUAAAGGACGGCCUGUGGAUGAAGAGGACUCUCAGACCCAGCAUCCACGCAAGAGGAAGUUCCCCAAAUCAGGGCAACAACAGGUGCAGGUUCAGCUAGUCAACACGGCCAUGCAGCAGACCAGGGAGAUGAUCCAACAGACACUGGCGGUCAUUGUCAACGCCAUCAAGCUGGACGACAUCGAACCAUACCACAGCGACCGCUCCAACCCCUACUUCGAGUACUUGCAAAUAAGGAAAAAGAUUGAGGAGAAGAGGAAGAUAUUGUGCUACAUAACACCACAGGCCCCUCAAUGCUAUGCUGAGUAUGUGACCUACACAGGCUCCUACCUGCUAGAUGGAAAGCCUCUCAGCAAGCUGCACAUCCCAGUGAUUGCUCCACCUCCAUCAUUGUCGGAGCCCCUGAAGGAACUGUUCAGACAGCAGGAAGCAGUGAGAGGGAAGCUUAGACUGCAGCACAGCAUUGAACGGGAAAAGCUUAUUGUGUCAUGUGAGCAAGAAGUACUGCGGGUCCAUUGCAGAGCGGCAAGGACGAUAGCCAAUCAGGCUGUUCCAUUCAGUGCCUGCACGAUGUUAUUGGACUCUGAGGUGUACAACAUGCCAACCGAGAGUCAGGUGCGUCUGUGGGUGGCAAAAAAGGGUGAUGAGAACAAGUCUGUGAGAGAUCGCUUCAAUGCUCGGCAGUUCAUUUCCUGGAUCCAGGAUGUGGAUGACAAAUAUGACCGCAUGAAGACAUGUCUGUUAAUGCGGCAGCAGCAUGAGGCAGCGGCCCUGAAUGCAGUGCAGAGAAUGGAGUGGCAACUGAAGGUGCAGGAGCUGGAUCCUGCUGUACACAAAUCUCUGUGCGUCAACGAGGUCCCCUCCUUCUACGUGCCAAUGGUUGAUGUCAAUGAUGACUUUGUGCUGUUGCCCGCGUGACAGAAACAUGCACUCAUUCAAAGAGUUAGAGGUCAAAUGUCAUCACUUUCAAACAGAACGUAUGGUAAGGGCUAGCCGGUUUGAAGAGGAUGUUCCUUUGUUUGAGGACUAAAACCUAUAUAUUAUAUAGAAAAAGUAAAAGACAAAAAACUUGCUAAUGAUUCCCUUCCAUGAGAGGAGGAAGCAUCUUUUUACUGGGGAAAAACACAACUUGCACUUUCAUCCCUCAAGUUUUUAUGCUUUUGUUGUUCAGAAUCUGAAAAGCAAAGGGGCUUUGCUUUGAAACUCCCACACCACCUGUCUUUGGUUGAUGUUGGGACAGAAAAUAGGGGAGGAGAUAUAGAGAUAUUUUUCUGAAUUUUUUGGUCCCCGUAAAAUAAAACAACAAAGGAACCCUGGAGAGGAGCCCUCCCACCAUUCUGGUUCACUCCUGAUCUAUGGGAAUGAGUUACCACAGUAGAGACAGCUCCAGGUGAGCCUUGAGGAGAAAGCAGCGCAGAGCCAGACAGGCGGCCACAAGCGUUGUAGUGGUGCAUUAUGGGGCAUCUGCGGGACCUCCAGCCUCUCCCUGUUUAAAAGGACAGGAGGGCCGGGUGGACACUGUCUCUCUGGUCGGGACCAUAAGGCCACAGUCAGUCAGAGAGCCUCAGUCCCUUCUGUCAACACCACCUACCCGGUAGAACCAGCAGUCUGCCCCGGAGCAGAGUACAGCCAAGUGUGUCAGCGGGUCAGUACCGAAGGACCUGGGCCAGAGGCUUGAGAGAGCAGCGGGGAUGAACCGGAGCAUCCCUGGCUGGUGCUGAAGGAAGAACCAGCCUCUGACACUCUGCCAAGCUAGGUGGAAUACACACAACUGUUCGCCUGCAAAUUUGACUGCAAAAGGAAAAACACAGGACAAAAGAAUAACACAAGAAUGUUGUGAUUCAAAGAUUCAAGACUUAACAGAUGGUUAUUUCGAGGAGAAUAUUGUUCUUUUUGUCUAUUUCUUUACUUGGGCAUUUCAUUGUUUCUAAAGAAGUGACUUGAAACACUACAGAGCCAAUAUUAGUUUAAUGGGAAAAAAAAAAACUGAAAAAAAAAUGUAUUCCGUAAAUGAUGUACAGUUUUUAUAUUCGUUAACCAAUGUAUUCUCGCUGCCUUCUAGAUAAUUUAUUUUGCCACACAUUACUGCACAGUUGUAAAUAACUUAUGUACUGUAACAUCACUCUGUUCAGUGUAAAAAAAAAUAAAUGAAUAAAAAGUAUCUUUGUAUGUACAGUUCACUUUCGGGCAGCACUUUCCCCCUCAUACCCAUGGGCCAAAAUGUGUACACGUUGUCAGUAUUUAAGGACUCCAGUGCACCGUUGUAAUGUCCCCAUCUAUAGAUUUUGUCCAGCUUUGGUCAAAAUGAGUUUACCUGGGUUGGAAUCGCCACAAUAUACAUACUGUAGGUAGUAGAAAACCCCACCGUAUUGAACAGAGCCCCAACUUAGGGCCACAACCAUAGUCCUCAGAUGUAGCAGAAUGGUUAUUGAAUUAUUUAAGGAAUAGAAUAGAUAUAUUAUUCAUUGCUUUAUUACAAUUAUAUCUGAAAAAA